AUGCCAUCCUUCAGGGAUGAUUAUGAUUUCCCAAUGGACAUGGAAGAUGUUGAUCUCAUGAUGAAUUCAAGUGACUAUAUUCCAAUUCCUGACCAAGAAAAUGUUGGAACUGCUUAUAUCAGGAUUUCACUGCCAGAACUCAAUGUACAGAAAUGUUUACAGUUCCAACUUGGCGAAUCUAUCUGGCAUGCAAAACAACAGAUUCUGGCCAGCUUCGGGGCAGAUCUACGAGAUGGCUACAACUACGGACUUUACUACCCACCUCAGAAUGGUAAAGCUGGUAAAUUUCUUGAUGAAGAACGAUUGCUCAGAGAGUAUCCACUCACUGGGCCCAUUGGAUACUUGGAAUUUAAAUUCAAGAGAAGAGUUUAUCGAAGUAUGGAACUUAAUACAAGAAAACUGAAGCAAAUUCACACAAAAGCAAACUUGAAACAGUUUAUGGAUGCUGUCAAGCAUGCUAACAAAGAAAAAGUGGAUAAAUAUGUAACUAAAGGACUAGACCCCAAUUAUGUCGACAUUGAUAGUGGAGAAUCUCCACUAACAUUGUCAUGUACACUUAGUCCGGAGAAAUGCCGCAGUAUGAUUAUAACAUUAGUUAGUGGCGGAGCACAUAUGGACUUCCGUAAUCGUCAUGGCUUUACCCCAAUUCAUAAAUCUGCCUUGACAUCAAACAGUGAAGCAAUUAAGACCUUGUUGGAUUUGGGCGCAUCACCAAACUACAAGGACUUGAGGUACUUAACCCCACUCUAUUAUGCCGUGACAAGAGAUGAUCCUGUAUGUUCAGAAAUGCUGUUAAAUGAACGAGCUGUAAUUGGAACAACUGAUGAACAGGGAUGGUUUGAAAUUCAUCAGGCAUGUCGUAGUGGUAAAGUGCAGGCCCUUGAACACUUGAUCUAUUACGGAGCUGACAUGGAUGUACAGAAUGCCAGUGGAAAUACACCCCUUCAUGUCUGUGCAGUCACAAACCAGGAAUCAUGUGCCAGGGUUUUAUUAUUUCGAGGGGCAAACAAAGUGAUUGUUAACCUAAACAAUCAAACACCUUAUGAAGCAGCUAUUAUUGCUGGCAACUUGGAGCUAGCAGAGAUAAUCAAAGGCCACAGUUCGGCAGAGAUUGUUCCCUUUCGUGAAAUACCACAGUAUAGCAACCGUCGUAAAUUGAUAAAUUAUACAGCCAACUUUCGAACACUGGCAAAAUGUCGUAGUGAAACCAGACUGAAUCUCAGCAUGAUGGACAGCCGAUUUUUUGAUCCUGAUGGAAGUUUCCGUCAGUACAGCACAAGUUCAGACUGUUAUUCAGUCACCAACUCCGACUCCCCUCGAUCUAUGAGCUCAUCAAGUAUCUAUUCAGGACCAGCCAAUAAUGGAGGGUCAGGAAGCAGUAGUAACGCCCAUCCUCAUCACCAUCCACACCAGAGACAAAAACAGAGUCAGCAUGGGAAACCAUGCUCCCGACGAAGGCUGUAUGCAGCACUGCCCAAUAGGGUCUUCAUAUGCACAAAAAAAUUUAAACCCACUGAGCCUGGUGAUUUGAAGCUGAAGAAGGGUGAUCUCGUAAAAGUGCUCCAUGUGGGUGAGCAUGGAUAUUAUGAGGGGAGGCGAGAGACUGGAGAAGAAGGCUGGUUCCCUUGCUCUACUGUGGAGGAAAUUAACUUGAACAGUCGCAGAAGACGAGCAUGUUCAGUAGGAGAUCUUGAUUCAGACACAGAAUAUUUCCAGCGUCAGACAAUAAAACAGCACACGUCACUUAACCAUAUGGAGAGGAGCUUCGUCAGUGAUUAUGCUCCGAGAGCUGUUGUUCUUCGCAAAGGACCAAAUGGUUUUGGAUUUGUAUUACGUGGUGCCAAAGGUGAUUCUCCAGGUUUUAGACAUCCACCAAAUGAUGCUCCUGCUAUGCAGUACCUUGAUACAGUGGAUAAAGGUAGUGUGGCUGAUAAAGCAGGGCUGAAAGGAGGAGAUUUCAUUUUAGAGAUAAAUGGGCAAAAUGUGACCAGAGCUUCUCAUGAGUAUGUGGUCAACCUUAUAAAAUCUUCAGGGAACACUCUGACCAUGAAUGUCCUUACUGUGAAACCAACAGAACGUGAUCAGAAUUGGUACGUCCAUCAGGAUGGAUCCAUGACACUUCCGCAUCGACGGAAACAAGCUCCUGAACCUCCGCAGAGAGAUCCAAACACCUCAUUAUCAUUUAGCAAAGCAAAAUCUAAGUCUUUUGCUGAAGGAAUGGCUGAAAUUGAAAAACUUGACCAAACUCUUGCUGAGUAUGAAGUCUCAGACACUCCUUCUGGUGAAAGUGCAUACAGCUCCGGACCAAAAUCUAAUGGUGCAGAGAUGAAAACUGCCUCUAUCCGAGCAGGCUAUGCGAAGAAACGUGUUUCGAGUGUGGAAUUAGAAAACCUAUGUCGUUCGGAUUCUCCACAUAAGCCUGAACAUCUGAGUCCCUCUGAAGUUCGAAUUAAGAAAUAUCACAAAAAGCAGAGCAAUUUGGAAAAAUCCCAGAGCACCCCAAACCUAGCCCAAAAUCUGGAGGAACAACAGCCAGAUGCAACUUCUGUACCAAAUGCCAGCCAGCCCAUGUACCGUACUGUGGCAAGUUCUGGACCUUCAGAUUACAGUCCAUACAGCAGUAGCUGUUCUUCUGGCCCAGGCAAAUAUACCCAGCACUUACAUCCUGUUCCCUACAUGGGCAACCUUCCAAAUGUUCUUCCAGGAAUGGAUGUUUCUGGGUGUCGACACUCUGUUGCAAUAGGACCUAAUGUUCAGGUGAAUUCAUUGCCUAGCCAUGCUCGCGGAAAGGCACGCCCUGUAGCUCCACCAGUGGUUGGUCAAACUAAUGCCCCAACAAAGCAACCAGCUCCAGCACCACCUCCCCAGGUGGUUAAAAUAAGCACAAACAAAGAGCAGCCUGUUUAUGCUUCAGUAAUUAAUGGAGCUGUUAACCCUACGCGGCAGACCCCACAAGAGAAUCCAUAUGAAUCUAGCUUCCGACCAGGGACAGUAGCUAUGUUUGGCAACAAAAAACCAAUGGUUACUCAAUCAAGUCUUAACCAAGUGAAGCUUCGCAGUUCAAAACAGAAUGAUGGUCAAAAUGAAAAAUCAGUCCAGCAUGCAAUGCUGGUGACGGCCGACGUUCAUGCCUCAUCAGAACUAAAAGACAAACAGAAACAGCGUGACUUGCAGCAAUCGUAUUACGAACCUGAACCUGACUACGACUCUGAGCAUGAAGAUGAUGUCAGCAAACAACCACAAAUGAUAAACGGUAACUCUAGCUAUAAGACUGUGAUUUCGGUCAGUAAGAGUGCUGCUCCACCAACAACUAAUGGCUAUGUCAUUCCACAGCCACUUGCAAAUGGGGCCAAUAAUCCUAUCUACAGCAUUCCGCAGCAAAUGCAUUCACAUGCCAUGCCAAGUGCUUUACCACCACCUGACCAAAUCAGCCUUGGUGUAGGCACCCCCAUUAACAUGAUGCCUGCUAAGUCUCCAAGCUCAUCAUCUUCAAGCAGCUACAAAAGCACAACAGAAAUAAAAGCUCCAACUCCUCCACCAGCACCUCCUCUUCCCAGUGACCUCAACUCUCAACUGAUUCCUCCUCCACCACAGUUCUGUCCCCCACCACCACCAGCCUUUGCCAAAUCUCCAGCGUCAGAAACAUCGAAUGAGUUCUUGAGUGAGAUCAAGCGUGCCGCUAUUGAACGAAUGAAUCGUUCCAAAGAUAUAGAUGCUAAGGACAAAACCCAAGUAGAACAGUCUUCAAAAAAAUCUACACCAAUGGACAAGAACCAAGCAGCCAUUUUAGAGGCAGUUGCCAAGCGCCGAACUAUGCUUGAACAAAAUGAUAAAGAUAUUGUUGUCAAUCAAAUCGAAGCUCAGAUUCAAAAAGCAAAGAAGAUUCAGUCUGCAAAAUAUUACAACUCUGGUAAUGGAGUUAAGAAAGAGAUUGAAGUCUUCUCAGAAAAUAAAGAUUUAUUGAAAGAAAAAUCAGCAUCAACUCCGCCUGUUCCUGCCAACAAACGCUUGGAGGCUGAUAAAUUGAAGGAAACUGUAAAAACUGUUACUACUAGUACAAAAGUUUCAGAGAAGGCUAAAGUGAGUGAAACCACUAAAAGCAAUGAUAAUGGUACCGAUAGUGGAGAGGAAGAUUUCCUGAAAAAGGCUGAAAAGGCUAGACAAAGGUAUUUACAGCGCAGAUCUGGGGCUGCUAAUGACAAACCAGCUCAUCAAAACACUGCAACUCCUGCUGUUAGUACUGUAAGUGUAACUGCAACUAAUCACAAAACUGUCAACAGCAGCAGCACCACCACCAUCAUAACUCUGCCGAAUGCAAAUGGGGAAGCAGAGAAAAUGGAGCAGACAUCUGCAACAAACAAAAAAAUCCAGACGACCAAUAAAACUAAUCUUGAACAAACCAAAAAAACAGCUGCGGCACCAGUGAUGAAACCUCAACUCUCUAACGGCAACACAAAGUCUAAUCGCAAGUAUAUUGAAAUUCAGUCGGCAGGAAACCAGACAGCUAUUGACAAAAUUGGUAAUGUGUCAAUCAAGGACCGAAUUGCAAGCCUUCAGAAACAGAAUGGUCAGCAAAGUAACAGUCCAGACCUGGCCCAGUUGAUUACACUUAAAGGUGUAACUACUAGCCAUUCUCACACUGAUCCUUUUAAUUCAUCAGACUCUUGCUCCACCCCCAAUGACUCUCCUUAUCAUGUGACCAAUAUUGUUGCUCCACCCCCAGGAUUCAGUGAUACUGAUCAGUCCACCCCUGUGGAGACACUCAAUAGUAUACCACACUUACAGGUCCUGCCUGCUCCACUGUCAGAGUUGUCAAUUUCUACAGUACCACCUUAUGAUCGCCCAACAGAUAACCUUGUACCUCAGGAUGAUUCUCUAAGCCUCAUCUCCUCACUAUCCACGCUCUCUACUCUCUCAACUUCUAGUACAGAACAUCCAAUAGAGAUUGUUCCGCCACCACCAAGUGGCUUUGAAGACAAAGCCAGCCCAGUUUCUACAGAUCAAGGCUUUGAAGAAUCCUUUAUUUCUCCUCCUCCUCAGUUCGAUUCCUCCAUGAAGAAUGCAGCUUCCACCAAAAACUCUUUCCGAAAUAAGCCUGUGGAAGACUGGUUUUAUGUGGAUGUCCUUGACUGUAAGUAUAGCAGUAGAUGGCAGUACAAAUGGACACUUACUGUUAUCUAUAUCCCCCCUCACAUCUACUAA